UUGGAAUCGGACACUUGUCAUCCUGUCUCUGUCAAAAUUAGCCAUCUCCAUGCCCGACAAGGCAUUGACCACAACGAGGCUGGCACACAAACUCCUCAAGUGACCAUUGAGGAACAGACUUGGGAUGCUAUCCAACACCCUCCCACUGGCACAACGAAGAUCAUCCAGGAGCAUCAAUCCAAAGUGGAGCGUGUCAGACGUAAAAAUCCACCAGUAACGGCAACAUUUAACCUACGAACAGAUAACGUUAUUGAUCUGCAGUUCACUCAACCUGUUCUUAUUGAAAAACUCGAUCAACAGCAGUCACGACGGCAACAACGACAACAUGAUAAUGAUACAAUAUAUACGAGUGGGCCGGUACAUUCGUUAUACUAUCAGAGUUUUUCCGGCUCUGAUGGUUUGUUAGAGGAAGCUGGUAUACCUACUGCUACUAGUGCUACUACGACUCUAGCCCAAUCUACCGCUCCUCUACGAAGCUCUGUUGUUGAUGAAGCAGAUCUUGGAUCCAUGGCGAGUAACGCAUCCAGUGAUGGUAGCGUAAUUAUUUACGCUGAUGAACGUCCACGUGGACGUGCAUCGUCGGCUGAGGGAUACUUUACCGUCUUUCCAGAAAGGUAA